UUAAUAAUAAGUAUUGCGGUAAAUUUAUUAAUUAAUAUAAUGUAAUAUGAUUAAGACCAGUGUCAUUAUAAGUACCUACAUGUUAUUUAUUUAUGUUAGUGCGCAGUGUUUGGUGCGAGAAUCAAAAUGAAUUGCAUAAUAUUUUUUAUUAUUUUUGUGCUAGCUGCAGCGGCAAACUGUGCAUCGACGCCAAGUCAUCAGCUUCCUACAUCAACAGAACGCAUACCAUCUAAUUCGUCAUGUGAAAAAUGGAAAAAAUUUGAAAGUAACAAAGUAUGUUUGAAAAAAUACAUCAAACAUGUUCUACCAAAGGUCAAAAUGUCGACCGCUCCUGCCAAUUCAACCCAGGACGUCCCGAUUGCAAUGAACUCUUCUACACCUUCAACACUGGAGACGACACCGGUAAUCACACGACGACCAGUACACACAGUGACUUUACCUGAAUUGGACUGUUUAAGUCUAGACAAUGUCAAGGAUCAUUAUUCAAAUAAUUUGAAAGAGCACCUGACUGAUAAGAAUUUACAAAUCGGGCAGAGUGUACGUCUCAAUUUGUUUGAUAAGGCUCUUCAACAGUCUAAAUUAAAAGAAUUUAAGAAUAGUGACUUACAAUGCAUCAAAAACAAAACGAAGGAGCUAAAGGACGACUGCCUGGUGAAAUUUUUAAAAACUACGGACUCUAAAGCACUAUUCCGCAGUAUUUCACAUACUAUGUCAAAACUAAAAAGUUAUAAUAUAAAGAAAGAGACGUGCGAUCUCAGUCCAACUUUAAUCGCUUGUGUUAGACGAGUUUUAACAAUUUGUCCUAAUGCACUGGAGCUAAUUGCAUCCAUACAAAAUGUUACGUCAGAAAUGUGUAAAGAUAUUUUGAAUCCACCACAGACUAUACCGAUAUCGAAGGGACUGUCCACAGUAGCUACUGUAUUCAUUGUUAUUGCGAGUGUCUGUGGAUCAAUCGCAGUCGCGUAUGCAGUUUUCAAGUAUCUUAAAAUCCGUCGCUCCAGUGGUAAACUUAACGUAAACAAAGAAAAUGCAGAAGAAUGCGAGAUGACAACAAUAUCGCGGCCAAUGAACUAAACAGUAACUAUAAAUAAAAGAUAAAGAAAAAAAUCUGAUAUCCCCUCCUGAGUUGCUGUGUUAUCUCAUCUGUUCUAAUUGAUAUGACGAUUUUCAAACGACUGAACACACAUUUUCCAAAAAUAGUUUAACAAAAAUUCUCUUUCGAAUAAAAGAAAAAACUAGAUGGCUGCUACGAUGCCAUGAACAAACAUACAAAUACAUCUUAGACAUUACGGUAAAUACUAUAAAAAAAUAGUUAAACUUAUAACUGUAUCUUUAAAUUUUGUAACCUCUGACGACAAGUCAGACAACCUUCUGUCGUCGAGGUUUAAAAAAUACAAUCCUCUGCUCAAAUUCAUUUAGCAAAUCAAAAAGGAGGACGUGUUAGUUUUAUAUUGGAACAAAUCUUGAGAGGCACGCGAUGAAAGAUUCAAAAGAAGAAAAUGUUUGUAGUAAUACAUAGGUACUUUAAUUAAAAUGUAGAUAGGUACAUUUUUUAAUGGCACAAUUUCUUACUUAUGUAAUCUUGUACAGCUUCUUAAUUUUUCUGAAACAACAAAAUAUUGUGUUAAAGUAAAAUAUUUUGUAUUGAAAAACUACUGAAGUAUAUUUUUUAAACUACUAUUCUAAAUCUUGAUUCGAAAAUAAGUUUCGUUUGUUUCUUGAUUACGCUUACUCAAUACCAAUCUUUUUGAGAAAAAUGAGUACUUUUCAUUUGGGAAACAGUACGUUUCCCGUGGGAAUUUCACGCUUGCGAAGGGAGGGUAAAUGAAUAAAACUGAAAGUCUUUGGAGGAGGUCUAUGUCAGUAGUGGACAUCAAGUGGCCGAUGAUGAUGAUGAUGAAUAAAACUAUUGAUUUACCACGUCUUUGCACGGCGAGCCCUUACGCACGAACCGGAAGAGGGACUCCGCCAUGUUGCCGGGGGUGGGGGUGGAACACGUCUCCAGAGCCUUGACGAUGCACGACGUAAGUGUGUCGAAUUUACCGCAUUGCUCCUGGAAACAAAGUAAUAUGUAUGAUUAGCGGUGUCCAGUUAUUAGGAGCUCGCCCUUAAAUGAAAAGCACUAGGUUCGAAUAUUAAAGCACCGAAUACAAAAACUUCCAAAAUAAAUUAAAACAAUUAGUAUGGGAGAAUAAAUGUUCUUUGUCAGUGUUUGAUAUAACAUUUUUUUUCUUUGAUACUUACAUCAUUGAAAUCUACUAACUAACUAACUAACGGCAAACAAAGCGAAAAUGAAGUCUUAAGUAUAUUAAAAAAAUAUAUGUCUUACAUUCAAAGUUAAGCUCUUAGCAGCCUCCACUGAGCCGACUUCGUUCUUCAGCUUGUCGGCACACGCCCGGAUGGCAUCAGAUUUGUCCCUGAAACACUCUGGGCCUUGCUCCGCAAUGAACA